UUUUCACACCUUUAUUCCUCCAUUCCACCCACCGAUCUUCAUCCUCUCCCUCAGUCAUCUCCUUCUCUCUCUUCCUGUCCUUCCUUCGGCAGGGCACCCUGGCAAGCUGGGCUGCUUUUCUUGAUCGAUCUUCUCUUUCUGUCCCUGUCUCUCUCGCUCAUCAUCCAACAUCGUUUGCCCGAACACAUCCUCUCUUCUGCAACAUGGCUGCUCGGCCAAUAUCCUACAACGGCCAGCCCCCUGGCGCUCCUCCUCCUCGUCCAGGCAUGAUGUACCCUCCACAGUCCCAGCAGCAACUGCUCUACCGUCCACAACAACAGCAGCAGCAGCCGGUCCACCUCCAGCAUCAUCAGCCCAGGCCUAUCCAGCUACAGCAGCAAUACAUCCCCAUGCAGCCACAGAGGCCAGUAUACUCAACUCCUCAGCAGCAGUAUAUCCCUCAGCAUAUGCAGUUCCAACAGCAGCACCCCGUGGCCUCUCCUCGGCCCCAGUUUGUUCAACGGCAGCCGUUGAUGGUCGCGCCCUCACUACCAUCCAUGCCUCUCCCACAGUCACAGCCGACAACUCAAGCAAGACCUCCACCCUCCUAUAAUUCUAAUAUAACUACUUCUUCGGCAUUGCCUCCUGGAGCGUCUGUGGCAGGAGGGCAGUACGUCCUCCGGACGCCUUCCUUGGGAGCAGCACCCAGCGUCAGUCUGGCCAAUGGUGUUCGACCAGUCAUGGUUCACCCCCCAGGCGUGUUCACAGCAGGACCCCCAACCGUGAUCUCAUCCCCAGGACUGACAAGGAUGCCCGUAGCCAUCGCGGGGCCAAUGCGACCUAUCUUUAUCGGUACGUUUCAUGGAAAGGGACUCUGAUCCAAUUAAUUGGUCUCCAAAUGGUCCCUGUACCGUUUGUCCCUGCUGGUCCUCCAAGCAUCAUC